AAUCAGCUGUCGAGUUAUCUACCCCUGAUUCUGUUGACUGUAAACAUGGCAUUGAAGUUGCCCCACAACCUGAGAAGUGGCAAAUUAAUUUUAGAUGUUUCUAAUUUCAAUCAUCUGAAAAGCAACCACGACGCAAUCGUCCUUUCACAUUUCUUCAACUUUUCUCUGAAUUUGAUUCUCCCUGGUGCUGUCAAUCUGCCAGAUUCUCUUGAUGAUAUUCUCCAACAGAAAGGUUCCACUGUAUAUUUCCUGAAAGGAAUACCAAUUUCUUUACUCAUAGAACCAGAUUUUUUGGAAGCUUUCUGCAAAAAAGGUCAGCUGUAUAUGAUGUCCCAUGGUACAAAUAUUGAUACUCAAGACUGUAUAGCAUUACUGCCCCCUGGCAAACUUGUGUUGAAUGUAACGAAGGACACGUACGAAAGUUUGGGUCUCGAUGGGAAGAGGUCAAAGUUCAUUAAACAUGGACACAACAAAUUUGUGGUAACCAUUCCUCUUUUGGAUCCAAACUUUGUUUCUGGUAAAAAGUUCUACGAAAGAGUCAAAUGGUGUUUUACAGAUCGUUUGAAUUUGAAGUUCAAUAUGUUAGCUUGUUGGAUUCCUCCAGACGAUGACAUUCUCUCUUCAUCUCUUGCGGAAUAUUUCAAACAAAAUAAUUAUCGGACAGUCACUGCUGGAUUAAAAAAGGAGUCAAAAACUAGAACUGGUUUGAAAGUUCCAAUUGUGGCCAGCAGCCAACCACAUUCAAGUAUAGAAUCAUGUGAUUUUCAAGAAUUUUUUGAUUGGCUGGGUUCUGUAUCCUCAGAUUGUCAAGACCAUGUAGAUGAAGACUGCCACAUGUCGUUCACUCCAACCCCAAAUUAUACGGUGGACAGUUUGAAUUAUAAUGUGAAAGGUUUCAUUCUUCCUCAAACUAUUCAAAAGAUUCUCGUGGAAUUAAGGACUAUUGUAACCCAGUACAGCCUCAAGUGGUCAGCAAUGACCAUUCAUGGCUUUACUGAUGCACCAGUCACAUGGGAGAUGAGAGAACAUGGAUUCCAGUACAACGGAGACAAUCUUUAUACAUAUGUUGUCUUUCCUGAUGAUAUCUACUGGCUUUACACUGCUGUUGGAUCCCUUGACACAUGGAUUUGAUCUCAAGACCAAACAUAAACGACAGCCUGUAUGAUUUCAUUGUAUCAUGUAUGGUUCUUGUAUUUCACAAUCUUUAACUCUUCUGACAUUUUCUCAAUCUAAAAGGAGUCUUGUAAAGAAAUAACAUAUUUAUUCCACCAUUCCUAUGUGUGAGUAUUUGGUCCAAGACUGCACCAGGCUCUGUAAGCCUCUGGUAUUUAGCGAAAUGUUUUCUCCAAAUAUUAUUCUUCAGCUGCUCGUUGUUGCCUAACAAGUCUCUCUGACUAAAACCAACAAUCUGUAACAUCAACAAUGUUUCAGCAAUGGCUGACUGCUACGAUCUGUCUGUAUGUCUGUAUGUAAGAAGUCUGCAUCUUUUGGUUUAUGUGUCACCAAUGUCAUGGGGCAGCAAGUAAGCUCUCCAUUAACUGAGUCUCUCACUUAGCUUCUCCUCUCAGCCAGAACAGUUUCACUAUUCGCAUCACCCCCUCACCCCAUCAUUUCACUCCCUCCUCCACCACAGCAUAUUCUUUAAUCCUUUUGUUUUUUUUUUUUUGAAAUACAUUUCCUUCGUUUCAAAUUAUUUUUGGAAAUAAUGAAAAAUUGAUUAAAAUAACUUUGUCAUUAUUAAACUGGUGUUAGGAACACAAAUUAACUGGAAAUUUUGACGGAGGAAGAUUUUAAUUUCAAUCACUUUUAAAGAAAAAGUUUGUCGUAGAACCAGGCUCUGUUUCAGGUUUGUAUGAAAACGGUUAAAAGGAAGCACGACACUUUAAGUUUUAUAAUUAUUGAUAAUGUUAUUAAUGUUGUUAUUUUCAUUUACGAACCAUAUUCAGCCAUGCCAUGACCAACACUGAUCAAAUAAGGAAGGGUAUGAUGAAAUGAAGCAUUCAACCUUCUUAUUCUUGUGUCUUACUCCUUAACCCACCCUCCUUUCUUUUCCAACUGGAAUAUCCAUGUACCUACUCAACAACUGGACACCUACCCCUGUCCCUUUACACCUCUAACCUCUCAUCAACUGGCACAGAACCAACCCUGCCUCAAUACCCCUCCCCACUCCCAGCUGAGCGUUUUUUUUUUUAUCUUGCAAGUUACUUGGUGACCCUAUUGAUGUUGGUGCCAUGUGAAAAGCACCCACGACACUCUGUAAGGUGGUUGUUCUUAAGAAGAGCAUCCUGCUGUAGAAGCCAGGCCAAAACAGACUAUGGAGCCUGGUGUGGCUCUCCAGCCUUGCCAGCACCUGUCAAACCGUCCAACCCAUACCAGCAUGGAAAACAAACAUUAAAUGAUAAUGAUACAAUCUAAUACAGUGUUUGGGACCAGUAAGGCUAAUCAUGUUACAGACACUUGACUGGUUUUUAGGGGAUCAAUGAAGUGUGUGUCCUAUAGGGUUGUAUACAUGUCUGAGUAUUUAGAAUUAGUUUUUCAUGUGAACAAGCUGACUUUUCCAAAUCCAAAUGGUCUUUCAUCAUCAUCAUUUAACGUCCAUUUUCCAUGCUGGCAUGGGUUAGACGGUUUGACUGGAACUGGUAACUGGAGAGCUGCACCAGGUUCCAGUCUGAUUCGGCUUGGUUUCUAUGGCUGGAUGCCCGUCCUAAUGCCAACCACCUCAAGUUGCUGGCCCUCAUGCUGCAAAACUUUGGCAACCUUCUUCCUUUCUGCAUCCCCCCUGGCUAAGUAUGCCUGCUCUCUCGCUUCCCUUCUAGCUCCCUGCUAUAGUUCCUUGCUACCGCCACCUCUCCAGUCCUGCUUCUUUGCUCUGAAUGGCCCUGUCAAGUAAACUGUUCCACCACCAUCGCUGGUCUGGUUGAGACUUUGCACCAAUGACCUCAUGCGAAAGGACGAACGAAUGGAACAGCAGCUUAUGAGGAUGGAUGAGCGACAGUGGCGACUGCUGGGGCAUGAGGUGGAGUGCACCAACUACAAGUUUGGUCUGUGGCUCUCAGUAAGUUGUCUCAUAGGAACUUACAGUUCUGUUCUAUGUUGCAUGUCUGUAACUCCUCAUGAAAUGCUUCAGUUAGGACGUCUCUAAAUCUCUGACCAUUCAGAAGAUCCUUAAGCUUCCAGUCCCCUCUUUUCCAAACUGGCUUCCUUCUUGGAAUCUUUCUUGCCUCUAGUCUGAAAUCACUGAUGAUUAAUCUAUGCUGAGGGAUACAUUCUUCAUCAGGGAAAGAUUUUGCAUUUAUGAGCCACCCUGGAUCUCCGUUUCUGGGGACAAUGUAGUGAAUCUGGCUUGUGUGGUCACCAGAUUUAUAGGUUAUCUGGUGAUUGGCUGGUUUCCUGAAGUUGGUGUUGCAGGUCAUUAGGUUAUUUGUAUCACAGAACUCCAGCAGUCUUGUUCCUUCAUUUUGGGAACCAAUUCCAUAGCCCCCACGCACCCCAUGAAAGACACAUGGGUGCUGCCUGACAUGUCCUUUGAAAUCACCAGCCACGAAGAUAAGGUCACUGUAAUUUGUCUUUGAGGUAGUCUGCAGAAGAAUUUCAUAAAAGUAGUCCUUUUGUUAAUUUAUCAGACUGGGUUUGGUGGGCAUAGGCAGAGAUGAUUGUUGCUGUGCAACUCUGUCACACUAGUCUAAGCUGAAGUACUCUAUCACAUACUCUGACUACCUCAAUCACCUUAUUAACCCAUUUCCUUGCUAGAAGUAUGUCCACACCUCCUACCCCGUCACUGUUGCCCUCCCAGAAAAAUUUAUACCUGUGUGUUUUGCCUGUGAGGAACCUGGCUGAAGCUCCUCCUUCCACCUUACUUCUUGAAUGCAACACACAUCCAACACACGACUCCAUUCAAGCAUCUCAACAAUAUCACCAGACCUGUCUUUCAAUGUGCCUACAUUGACAGUGCCAAUUCUGAGAGAAUGUGAGGAGAGGCAGGAGGUAACAUGGGAAGGGAGAGCUGCGGCUUUCAGUAUCUGAAAAGAAAGUUCAAAGUGUUUGCCAACAGACAUGUCAUAACAGUUAUCCUCACAUUUAAUCUACCAUCAUUCAUGUUACACUUGCUGCCUCCACUGGAAGUGGGUGCUAUACAAGCAUUGGUAGAAGAAAUGUUAGUACAAACACAAAUAAAUACAUACAAACAAGGA